AUGCGCGCCGGUAACGACACUUACUUUGCUGCUUGGCUACUUCAGCUCGGUAACGGUCAACUGCCAUCGGUCGAGGGUAUUCCGGACACUGUCGACAUCCCACCGCAACUGGUUUGCGACGUUGUGGAUUUGACCGAUUUUGUCUAUCCGCAGCAAAUGUCGUUGGCCAUUAUCGAUGAGUUCGCUCGGAGAAUCAUACUGUGUCCCCGCAACGAGGAAUGCCACCAAAUAAAUUCCACAGUGCUACGACGCGUCACGGGCGCCCAAACGACGUACUACGCCAUAGACACAGUGGUGAUCGACGACGCCGACGAAGCGGCAAACUACCAGACAGAGUUCCUCAACGCUCUGCAUCCGAACGGGCUACCGCCGCACAAGUUGGCGCUUAAGGUCGGUUCGAUCGUCAUGUUGCUGAGAAACAUUGAUCCGAAGCGACAACUGUUUAACGGGACGAGGUUGGUGGUCACCGAACUGCGGCGACACAACUUCAAGGCGAGGAGGUUGUCCGGCGCCGACGACGCGCUGGAGAACAUAAUCUUACCUGCCGUUCGAUGUCUUCCGGUGAGGAAGACGAUUUGCCUUUUCGAAUGA